AUGGACGGCACCUAUAAGAUAACAAAAAUUGGAUUUUCCCUCUACCAUUUGAUGAUUGUGGACAAUAAUGAUAACAGUCAACCUAUUGCGUGGGUUUUCACGAAAGAAGAGACAACGGUAGCAAUUAGUGAAUGCCUGCGGAUUUUUGUAGAGAAUAAUGAUGUUUCAGUUACGAAAGUAACAAUAACAGAUAAGGACUGUUCUGAAAUUUCCGCAUUAGAGAAGUAUUUCCCGGAUGCUGAGCACAUUUUAUGCCACUUCCAUGUUCUUAAGGCGGUCGACGCUUGGCUUAAUACUUUAAAAGAGAUUGAUGGAGUCAACAAAGAAAGGAAAAAUGACAUCCGAGAAAAAUUCCGCAAGGUUCUCUAUACCGGAACAAAGAUAGAGUUGGAUACAGCCAAUGCCAGCCUAUACGAAGGUAGUGAAUAG